AUGGGAGCUAAGUAUACGAUCCUCGAGCUAGUUUCAUUGAGACACGAUAGAAAGACCAAUCUUCAAGAUGUUCCGUAUUCCUUCAAUAUCAAGAGCAUCAGUAACGAAAUAUAUGAAGCGACCCCAACAGAAACAGUCAGCUGGCAAGACAACUACCAUGCUCCGAAAAGUCCUUUGCGCAUUCGAAGGAUCCACAAGACGAGGGCACCAAGUCCCUUCGACUUGCAACAUUUCCCACCGGGGUCUAGAAUAAUCAGAAUAGAACCAGGAAUGCCCAUUCCAAGAGGAGCCAUACCCCUACCCUUUCACUUUGAAGAAAACUACAUCCCUAAUGAUAUUCCCAGAAUGAGCAGCGUUUAUGAACGAAAUUAUUCUAGAGCCAGACCAAGGAAAUUAGAUUUGCAAGCAUCAAAGGAGAUUUCCCUAGAUUUGAUGGCGCCAUUGAAAACGAUUUCGCUUACAAAGUAUGAUAGUUUAGAGAACAGAGGCAAUCCGUUAUCUUGGAAAGGGAACCACUCCCAUGGCAAUACCCUUCCAGAAGCAGGGUCUCUGUCAAGCAGCGACUCCAGUGAUUAUAGCAUUCAGAUACAACUUCCCGUGCACUAGUUAUAUAAUAAACCAGUGGUGGUGCCUAAGCACCAGUUAUAUAAUAGAUCCUUGACGGAGUCCGCCUUGUAGUCUCGUAAGCCCAAUAUUAUGGUCGAUUAGCAGCCAACUGAGCACAGCACAAAA